CUUCCUGUUUGUAAGCGUGGAACGUGAAACUGAAAGCUGGGUUGCAAAUGGCAAAGAUAUUAAGUGGAAAGGAACUCUCUAAAUAUAGAGACAGGAACACAGACUUGCCACAGAAAGGCGGACACAAAGACUAUGCCCCUGACGGAUCAUGGCUACAAGACAAAAAACUGGAGAAAAUUUUUUGUAGAAAGACGUGAAGUACUACAAGAAGAAAAAGUGGGCAGAAUUGGUGCCUUGUGUCGAGGUGAAUGGAAGCCUGAAGAGAGGGUUAUCGAACUGAAACAAACUGGCAAAUUUUUUCACCACAUGGGUUAUGCUGAAGGUGACCACCUGUGCCUCUAUCCAGAGGAGGCAUUGUUCCUCAUGGAAGUGUGCUCUCUAGAAGUCUACUAUGCUGGUCUCUCACUGAGUAUUCAACAGGCUUAUUCCAUGUUUCUGUCAGAGUCCAUGACCUUGGGGGAGUACCAGACGUAUUCUUAUUUAUCCCGGCUGGGUUAUAUUGUCAUGAGACACUCUGGACCGUCUUCUGUGACAGCAUAUGAGAGGCAGAUCAGAUUGGAUCAGCACAUUAGUGACAUUUCAUACAGCAAAAAGAGAAAAAAUAUGGAUGAUGCAGGGAAUACGGCUUCAAAAUUAAGCAAAACUGAAGAAAGUUUGAAUGCACAGAGUAGUGAGUUGUGUGACAAAAUCCCUGAUCAGACAUCUGAUGCCACUCAUAACGAUAUACCAAUUGCUUCUACUGAAAAAACAGAUAAGUUGGAGGCUGGUACGCUUCCAAAAAAAUCUGUACAACACUUCCUUCCAUAUACGAUGUGGAACUUUGAUGAAAUCAACUUCCCAGAUAUUGGAAGAAAGGAUUUGCAAACACAUACAUUGCAAAUGAUGCCUCCUCGAAAAAAUUUACUCCCUUCUGGUGUGAAAAUAAAUCCAAAUUCAUGCAUGGUAGAUGUGCAUAAAUUACAUUCCUCUGGUGAAAAUGCCACAGGUGACAAUGAUGAAGAUGAUGAUGGUGAUGACAGUCAUAUUUAUACAACAAAUAACCUAACAUAUUCCCUGAUGAAUGCCUCAGUCAUGAAGGCACAGGUGAAAGCUAAAAACUGGAGUGAAUACAAGGCAGAGUGCAGGAAAAUGGUCACAGAUUUCAGGGUUGAGCAGUCUCCAGUUGGGGUGCUGUGGCAAGGAGAGGUCACCCCAUUGGUUACACCUGACAUGGCUAGUUGUACAGGUAAUUUACUAGAGCAUCUUCAAGUUAUUGAAAAUAUCCACCAAAAUAAGAAGAAAGAAAAACUAUCUGUAGUUACUGGGAGCAGAAAAAUAAGUUUUGAUGUAUUUAAACCAGACUCCAACUUUAAAAAGUCCCAGCCAGGUCUUCCAGAUCAUAGGAUAUGCGUAAUUAGCUCAUCAGAAAAACCUCCAGACCUUGGUCAGUUGAUUGGGUUACAGAAGCAAUGCAGUGAUGGUGUACCACUUCACUGGUCUGUGGUAGACCAUGGAGAUAUAGCCUUCUAUAAAUAUUGCUAUACUUCCUUACCUGUUGAUGUGACCAUGGGCUAAUAUUUUGAGUGGCCACAAUUUUCUGGACUGCAGAGGUGUGUCUUUGAGGAACAUCUGUCCUUGUUCACUUUAUGUUAAAAGGAUAACAACAUUUUGGCCAAAAAAUGAAUUUUCCUGGGGUAAAUGACAAAUUUCCCAUACAAGUUUACCAAUGGUUAAUGAAUGCAUCUCUACAGAGCUAGUUCCUGUUUUGUUUUUUUGUUUUUUUCUAAAAAGAUUGUUUUGUUUUUUUGUAAUAAUCUCUUAAGAGAUAAUGAUCUCUUAAGAGAUAAUUACAGAGUUUAGCUAUUUAUGGAGGUCACAUAGUCUGAUGACAAGCACCAAUUUCAGAAUAAUUGCUAUAAAUGCCGUUUUUGGGGUAAAAUAGAAUAUAUUAUAUUUCUAUGAAUUGUUUA